CCUCUCUCUGCUCCAGUGUGUCGACAGAGGUGAGACUAACAUGGAUGAAACAUGUCUUUCCCAGCAGACAAGAUAAGAAAACAUGUCUCUGUGAUUUUUAACAAACUUCAGCAGGUAAGGACACUAAUUUACAAACUUAUAGGACAGCUGCUUGUAAGAGUUUUCUUUUCUUUUUUAAAUUCUAACCUUAUCUGUAGAGUCUAGUAUAUUUUUGUACCUGUAAAAAUGAGAUUUUUUCUUCUUUAUUUGUGAGUGAAAUUGUUAAUCAUGUAAAAGCUAUUUUUUAAAAUUCUUUUGACUUGAACAAUGAUACAUUAAACAAGAUAAAGAUAUAAAAUACAAUAUGUAGGAUAAAAAUAUUGAUAAAAAUGUCAUUUUCAUGAAUUGAGACACACCAGGAAAUUCCUGAAAUAUGAUGCGACACCUUCUUCAAUAUAUUGACUGAAAUUCCAUCUUUGGCAUGCAUUUUUAGCCUUCUCAGGAAGUUUCUAUUACAGUAUGUAGAUCUGGGUUUUAUUGUUCCCCUAAGGCUGUUUUAGAAUUGUUAAUCUUCGUUUCCACCCUGAGCUGAGAGGUUUUAAUCAGACACCAGACUCGGACUCUGGUUGUGGAUUCCCCAGUCUCCCUGCUCCAGAGGAAUCCCCUUGGUUACUCAGGGUUUGUGUUCGAGAUGGAAAUUAGAUUUCAAACAGAAGGCUCCUCCCUUGUAAACUGAAGGCCUUCGAGCUGAAAUCAGGUUACAAUUUUUAAUCUUUGCUCAUUAACCCUCCUACUCUAGUGUCCUUGCAUGGACCACCUCUGACUAUAGAUGCUUUUUCUUGAAGAAAUGACCUUUUUCUCUCUUUUGUGUUUCAUCUCUUUCACACCUCUUAACUUCAGCCAUAUUUCGAGGAGCCUCUCUCCACAUUGUCCAUGUUUCUCACUUCUACGCUUGUUAUUUUCUAGCUCUUUUGCAGAGCUGUGUCGGGCUUUUGGUGGUUUUCUCUUCUCUUUGUUACAUUGCUGAGUGGGGCCAAGGCUCAGGUUGAUGUGAAAUUUCCCACUCCACAAAUUCAGGACACACUUCUCUUACAGUGUGCCUCAAAAUACUGCAUUGAAAAACAAUUUAAAAACAGCAAAAUACAACAAAUAAAAGACCUCAAUCUGAGCAUCUACCUGGUCUAUUCUGUCGUUUUUAUGUCAUUUGCAUACUUAUUGUACAAUUGCAUAUUUUGUUGUUGGAGUCCAAUCAAGACCCUUUCUGUACAAACAGUGUAAACAUUUGAAAAAAAAAAGCUGGUCAGGAGCGCUUGCAUCUUUAAAUCAUUAACACGUUUAAGAGCCAGAGGUCCAUUUACAGUGACUAAAAUCUGCAGCACUCUGAUCCCUGCUGUUGUUAAAUCCUCCUUUUGAUCAAAGUGUGUCCUCUUUGCCUCUUGUCUCUGCAAACAAGCCCCCUUCCACCCGAGACAUUACACCAGCUUGUAAACUGCAACUGACCGCUCUGGCCCACAACAUCAAAAUCAGACUUUAUAGAGCUCAGCUCUGUGAGUACUUCAGUACCUUAUCCUGGGAGCAUAUUACCGGUACAGCUGUUGCAGGCAGCAUCUGCUCGAUCUAAUUACUCUGUUUCUCUGCCUGUCAAAGAAAUACUGUUAGCUUCUCUGACUCUCUCCAGUAGCCCUGAAUAACAAUUAUGGAGGUCCAGUAAUAUCAGUCUUAUUAGCGUGAAUGUAGGGAAGAAGUGAGGGCGGGCUCAUGAGCAGGAAGUGAUCUCCUGCUGCUGUAAUGAAUGAGUCCACAUUGCAUGGGAGUAUCCUCACACAAGCUCAUUAGGCAAUCUGUUCACAUACUGCGAUUGUGCCCGGCAAACUAAUUAGGCAUCAUACUCAUUUAUGUGGAGUUCUGAAACAUGGAUAAAGUUUGACAUGAUUCACAAUAAGGGAAAAACAUGGGACAAUAUGAGAAGGCAAUAAAAAAGACACACAGUGCACCAUGAAGAGGGGGUAUCAUGCUUUUUCAUAGAUUAAAAACAAAUGUAGAUUAGAAUUGUUGGAUGUCAGUUCUUUACAUGGACAAAGUUUAAUGUGUAAAGUUAAUAUGUCUUCAAGUAAUCCCCACAUGGGACUACAGGGUGCUAUGAAUGGCUUGUUCAAAAAGUCACACGAGAAUUCAACAUGGUCAUGAUGAAAUUUGCUCAAAUCGUUACAUCACCACACAGCGAACAUCCUUAAAAGAGCAAAUUUGUCAUUUUACAAAAAGAAACAAAACUUUGUUGGAUGGCAACAGUGAAGGAGGCUAUCAGAAUGCUGGUCUUUGAAACGCUGGGAGGAACUAAAAGGGACAGAGGCUGAAAUGAGGGGUUUUCAAAGAGUAACCUGAAAUACUGUAUGUUCAGAAUUUGUUGAACUGUAAAUAAUGUAAAGCUGCUAAGAGGCGAUCAGAGGGACAAUACAAACCAAAUGAAAAUGAGCAUAAUACCCCCUCUUUAAUGGGUCCCAAAACAUGUAGUCUCUGUUUUUUUUAAUUCUCAUUUUCACCACAAGAGGCUGAAAGUUAUACCUUCCCCGUGUUACAGAUGAAUCCAGUGUGGUGCCAUCUUAUAAGUGGCCAUGACACAGCUGAAAUGACAAGACUCAUCAGUUUAGACAUAAGAUACAUGAAGUAAGCUACAGAGUACUUUGUAGACCUGCAUAUUUUCUGUUUUUCUAAAGAAUGGGUAUGUUACCAAUCAUCACAAUUUAAUGCUAAAAUUAAGAACAUUUGCCAUCAUUAUUGAUCCAAGCUCUAAAUAGGAAAUGGUAAAAUUACCUUUGACUGAAAAAUGUUGAAAGAUCCCUGGCUGCCGAGGUAUACCUGCUCAUAUGGAACUACAAUCAUAUGUUGUCAUAUGAGUCUCUGCACCAUCUGUAUAAUUUCUGAUGCGACAUUUUGUUAUUUUCUGUAAUGUGAGCUAGUUGGAUCAUGUCAAACAUAAGAAGCUCAUGAAUGGAGCCUUGGGGAACUCCAAAUGUCAUUUUUAAACACUAAGAUGUGUAAUUACUGUCAACUCAAAGUAGUCUCUGUCCUCCAAAGAGGAUUUUAAAUCAGUUUAGCAUUGUGCCAGAAAGUCCCAUCCCAUUCUCCAUUCUGUCCAGUAAUAUGCUGUGGUUUACUGAAUGCAGCACUGAGAUCUAAUAAUGUCAAGACUCGAACUUUUCCUCUGGCUGUGUUUGUGUGGACAUCAGUCGAGACUUCCCCAGAGCAGUCUUUGUGUUGCAUUCAAAUUCUGGAUAGAAAAGCGAAACGGGAGUCGAGGAACAACAGGAUUUUUGUUGUUGAAAGGCUGCUGAAAAACUUUCUCAGUUAGUGUCUGCUAAAAAGUUACACAGGUCCCUUAUUUGUGAAUUGUCCAUCACUUGAUAAGUUUCAGUGUUUUAGAGGCUGAAAGUGAGAACUGAAUAUUUGUUUUUAAAAAUGUACAGCAUUUUUUGCUGUAAAAACCCUGAAGUAACUCCCGAACCUCCUGCCUUAUAAGCAUAAGAAAACCCCAAUUCCCAUCAAAAUGUUUUGGAUUUAAAUAGUUUUUGACUGGUGGUAUAAUUCAUACAAAUGGGAAUAUUUUGUGAUAUCUCCUGGAUUAAAAUGCUCCCUUGCUCACCCCUUGUUGAUGCGGUGCUCAUAAAUUGUGGCCACCAAGUGGACACCUGUCUGUUCACUGGUCCAUCAGACAGCACUGGCUACCUAUCUGCUUGCCACUAAAAUGCCUCAAAACCUCUGUUUUGCCUACAUGCCUACAAUCUGUUAUCAAGCUAAUAUUUGAAUUCAAAAAUGGAAAAAAAAUCAAUGUUUCUUUUCGACUUUUUGGAAGUAUGUCAACCCUGAUGACUAGGCUGCAAAUGAGAACAGAGAAACUGAGAAAAUGGUGAAACAUUUGGCACCACUGUACACAGUCUGACAACCAGUUUGACUUACAGAGACUUGUGGAUCACCUUGAGGUUCCUCAUUUUCAGUAAUAAUAUCUUAAAUCCGCUGACUCCUCUGUCGAACAUUGGAAUGUUCAUCCACCAUAUUGUCAUGGGCCGAGUUAUAUAUUGAUUUUUUGACUUCUUUUUUUUCUAUUUAUGUGAUAAAAAUAGAGAGGAGUUGAUCUGUGGUGUGUGAGGAAUAUUGGUGAAUAUUUUUAGAUUUCAAAUUCUUAACUUUGGGAAGAUACUAAAAUAAAUCAUUAUAGAUAUUCUGACCAUAAUAUCUAUAAAGACGGGUCAAGCUUAAUUCUAAAAGUGCACCUUGUAGAGACCUUUAAUGGGAGGUCAGAAAUCUUGUAAAAGAUUGGCUCUACAGCAAAGUAUGAACAAAAUGUAGUCAGAGCUGAAACCCUGGGAUCUCAGGCUGUCAAGAUGAGGACUGAGAGUUAUAGCGUAACUAAACUGUCCCACACUAGCAGAGUGAGACAGACGCCAGCUUUGUCUAAUCUGUGACAGAAAAUGCCCAGAAUGGGUCCUUGAUGAGUGAGUGAUAGAGUUAGAGAUGCUUUAACGAAGUUUGAACAUGCUGUAAGAGCAGGAAGGAAACAUCUUUCAGGUACAGUUUGAUGUUAUCGUGUGUCUUAAUGGAGUCACUUACAGGAUUUCAGCAGUAUGCAACAAGCCUCGUGGCCUCAACUAAGUGUCUUUACAUUGAUUUUCUGAUUACAAUACAUCACUUAAUCACAUUUUUAUGUUUUGUAUACUGUAGCUCUAUUCCUGAUGUUACAUGUAUUAAACAUAAUUUUAGCUGUGAUACUUUGUCUCAGACCUUCUGUGGUUUUGGCUGUCUCUUCCAAUAACACAGGGGCAUUUUGAAAAUAAAUCCCUUAUCAAUAAACAAACAGGGUCUUUGUUAGUAUUUUAAGUGCUGUUUAUUGGUUCUUCAGUCAAAAGCAUUGUGAUUACCUGGAUGAAUUUAAGAAAAGCACUGCAGGGCCUCUGCACAAAGCCUCCUUUUAUCUUGUGUACUGAAGUUAUCUUGUGUGCACGAGAUAAUAGGACAAACAUUUUUAUCUUUGCAAGAUGUCAGGAGGUUUUUGGUUCCAGCUAACAUGCCAAUUUUCUGUCUUAUUUUAUUCAGUAAGCCUGAAUUAGUCUGCAGAAAAAUCUCUUUUGACGUGUCUUGGCAUUACUGCAGAGUCAUAGUGUUUGUUCAUGCUUUUCAAAUAUCUACUUAAAAAAACAGGCACCACACAGAAAAACACAUUUAAGUUGAUGUGUACAAUGCACAAAAGUUCAGCAGGACUUUUAAUUUAACUGAAAAUUGGAUUUUCAAAUCGAGCAGUAUCAUUUGAUGGAGAUGAAAUGUUGUGGGUUUAUUAUGGAUAACGGAAUAGAAUUGACUCUUGUGUGCAGAUUUGUGACUAUAAAGGCCAAAUGUGGAACUUAAAUUCACUCUCAAGGGAUGAAGGUGGCCAAGUUCAACCUUUCAGGUCAGUUUAAAAAGACUUUAGACUAAUGUGAAAUAGGUGGAAAUAACAUUUAUUCACAUACAAAUGUAACCUACUGAAAACCAGUCCCAAAGGGGUGGAUGGAAAAUGGUUUUCAAAUCAUGCUGACUGAUCUGUUUUUUUUUUAUUCAACAUUUGGGCCUUUCAACAGCAAUAACAAUAACCAUAACAGAUGAUAUUCACUCACCUAAAAUUCAGAUUUCAAGCCUCCAUUUCACCUUGUGUUACUGUUUUGUUCCUGAUAUGAGCCUGUGGGAAAACACUGUGUCCUUUUUAAACACAGCUGCUGCAUCCUUUAUUUACUCAUCUGUUCAUCAUUUCACCUGGGCCAAGCUAUCAGCUCACGAACACUCCAAUACCUGCCAAAUGUUUUUUUAUAUAUAUUUCUGCAUAGGGUGAUAAAUGCACACACAAAGAGAAAAGACCUGGCUUGAAAUGAAGGCAAAAUUGUUGCACGGAGUCUAAUUAAUUCAAAUGUCUGUGUUUACCAGGUACAGUGUGAAUAUGUUUGCUGUCUGAAGAAUUUGUGAGAAGGAUUUGCAAAACCAGACAGUAUGGAGACUCUGAAUUUAUCCUACUUUACCAACACCAGCACCAGCAGUAGUGAUAACACCAGCCUCUUCUCUGAAAGCCCGUACUCAACGGUGGAGAUCGUUCUGAUCAUCCUGGUGGCAGGAUCUCUGAGUCUGAUCACCGUCAUUGGAAACAUCCUCGUCAUGCUCUCCAUAAAGGUCUGGAUCUUUUUCUUCUUCUUGCAUGUGUAACCCGGUGCAAGAGUUGAUCUAAUCAAAAUGAGAAAACACAUAUCUCAUCACGCAAAAAAAGGUUAGCAUCUGACAACUUGCUCCAUGUUGUUUUUCUAAAGGUAAACAGGAACCUGCAGACGGUCAAUAACUACUUCCUGUUCAGCCUGGCAUGUGCAGACCUCAUUAUUGGCAUCUGCUCCAUGAACCUCUACACCGUCUACAUCGUGAUUGGCCACUGGCCCCUGGGUGCAGUAGUGUGUGACUUGUGGUUGGCUGUUGACUAUGUCGUCAGUAACGCCUCUGUCAUGAACCUCCUCAUCAUAAGCUUUGACCGUUACUUCUGUGUCACCAAACCUCUUAGCUACCCAGCACGCCGCAGCACCAAAAUGGCGGGACUGAUGAUUGCAGCUGCCUGGGUUUUGUCCUUUGUCCUGUGGGCUCCAGCCAUUUUGUUCUGGCAGUUCAUCGUGGGUGUUAGAACUGUGCCGCCAAAUGAGUGUUACAUCCAGUUCUUCUCCAACCCAGCGGUGACAUUUGGAACAGCCAUAGCAGCUUUUUACCUACCUGUAGCCAUCAUGAUCUACCUUUACUGGCGCAUCUCCAAGGCCAGCCGCAGCCGCAUGAGGAAGAGCAGCAGGAAGACUUCAGGUACCAGUCUGGGGGAAUGCCCUGAACCCAGCCAUGAGGACAGGAUAGAGAGCCAAAACAACUGUGUCCCAACAAGAGAGGCUCAGCAGGAGGCGGAGGAAGAGAAGGAGGAGGAAAUGUUGCAGCAGCAGAAUGGCAGCAGGCCCUGCAUGGAAGACAGACCUGACCAAGUGGACUCCACUACAGACAGCACCAAUGAGUCAAUAUCAAAGGACACUGUUGAACCUGCAGCGACAACCGGAGAGAAAAACCCAACUCAAACACAGCCACCCUACCCUGACACCUCAGCCGCUGAUAGACAAACAGCGGUUGCAAGGACACUGUUAAAGGUAAUUUCACUGAUACCAUCAUUUGUGUGAGUAGUCUGUUGUAAUUGGCUGUUGGCUGUCAAGAAUUCCUGACAAGCUAAAGCAAGACAAGUUUAUUUUUGUUGCACAUUUUGGCAACACACCCAGGAUUUGAACGGGGCCAUGGUCCUCUGGUGGCAUUGGGAUGUAUAACUGUGUGUCAUCUGCAUAGUUGUGGUAACUUGCUUUGUUAUUCUAUUUAAACUAAGCCAGUGGAAACAUAUGUUAAAUAGAAGAAACCCCAGCAUGGAGCCUUGGAGAACUCCAUUUGUAGUUGUUGUCUGCUCAGAUACGAAGUUGUAGCAAGUGGACACCCGGCACAAAGCACCGCCAUUAAAAUGACUUAAAAGCCAUCUCUGGCAAUAUCUGCAACAUGCAAUCACGCAACUGCUUCAGUUAAAAAAAAUUAGAAAAUUAACAUUUCUCUUAACCCUUUUGGGAGUAUUAAAACCCCGAUGGCUAGGCUGCAAACGAGAAAAGAGAAACAGAGAAUAGGGAGAAACAUUGGCAACAUUAUGCACAGUCUGCCAUGCCUUAUUACCUGAACACUGCAGGGGUAGCACACAAGCUGUAGGAGGCAAGGAAGUUCACUUCCCCUGAAAACUGAGGCGAGUCAUUAUCUCACAUCCCAUUUACUGGGAGAUUGAUGCUGAUUUAUUAUGGCUACAUAGAGCACUAGCUCCAAAAAAUGAUAUUUUGUCCCAAUUAUUUGCGGGGCUGCACCACAGCACUCUCAGAGCUCAGAAACCAGAGAUACUGAGGGUUACCUUCUGCAUUGGCAAUGUCAUGGUCUGAGUUUUUGCACUGGGUGUAUGAUAGGAUCCUCAUUGUGGGUAAAACAAGUUACCAAAAAUGAAAACAACUAACAUUUCCUUUAUUUAUCAGGUAACGAAGCAGAAUGCAGUGGCCAAGUGGAAAAAGAAGGGCAUUUCUUCCAGGGAGAAGAAGGUGACACGCACCAUCAUGGCCAUCUUGGUAGCUUUCGUUGUCACAUGGACGCCAUACAAUGUGAUGGUCCUGAUCAACACUUUCUGUACAGUCUGUAUUCCCAUGUCUCUCUGGACCAUUGGCUACUGGCUCUGCUACAUCAACAGCACAAUCAACCCAGCCUGCUACGCUCUCUGCAACGUCACCUUCAAGAACACCUUCAAGCACUUGCUGCUGUGCCAGUACAAGAACAUACGUACAGCACGAUGAGGGUGAAAAAUUCUGACUCACGUUUGUGAUGGAGUGAAAUAAUGUGAUCAAUCCUGCAAAGUGACAUAUUGGAGUGAACAUGUUGUUGUAGUAUAGACUAGGGGUGCUCCUAUUGUGCAUUUCUUUUGAGAAGGUACAGAUUACUCCUGUUUUCAUUGAAGUGAAACCAUGUUUACAUUUAUAAUAACAUAGUUUACUGAUUUUAGAAAUAUAUAGCAUUGUAUUGUAAUUCUGAAGCGAGUGCAUUUACUGGGAUUAACUCUGAUGGACCUUCUCCUGUUCACUCCUUAUAAAUGAACUUCCGCAAUACAUUGAUAUGCCACCUAUUUUUACCCCAACAGUGUAAUGGUGAUCAGUGUGAUGGUUUGUGACUAAAACGGGGGUUUUAAAUCUACUUCAUGGCUCAUAUAAAAGGAAAAUAAUAUUGUGAAAGAUGUAUCAUUAACUCAUAAACAAGUGUUAUGACCAACACUGAACUAAAAUAUGAUCAAAAUUUGUAUCAUUUACUGUUAACAGAUGUUUGUGUGUGUGUGUGUGUGUGUGUUCCUGCGGUGUGCGAGUGUGUGUGGGAGAGAGGGAGUUGUGCAUGGUUUGAUUAAUCCCCUCAUAUGAAGAUCUGUAAUCCAUGUUUGUUGUGAAAUGAGCCCAGAUGUGAUAGUUGUCCAGAUUUUUCCCUCUUCGUUCAUGCAUUUAAAAAUGUUUUCUGUAAAUAAAGGCAAUAAUGAAACAGUG